CCAUAUUCAACCAAGAAGGCCCAAUAUAGCCUCGAUCACCUGGGCUUUUACAAGUCCACUUCUCAGCUGACCAAAAAACAUCCACCACCGCCGGCCACCGUUUCCACCACCAGUUUUCGUCACUGAUUGAAGAUCACGAUAAAGGUUUUUUGACGGAACGAUGAGUUCCUUUUCAAUUACGCGGAAGAAGACACCUUUUCAAAAGCACCGCGAAGAAGAAGAGGCAAAGAAAAAGAGGGCGGAGGAUGAAACAGCUCGUUUGUAUGCUGAGUUUCUGGAGUCAUUUCAAGGAGAUACUGCCGGGUUAAAAACUUUUGUUCGAGGAGGAACGGUUAACGAUGAAAAAGUGAAACCUGAUACAGGUGGAAAUUCCAAAGAAGUAUCCGGUUCAAAGAAGGGGAGUAGGUAUGUUCCUUCUUUCAUACCCCCUCCUAUGGCAACCAAGGGUAAAGAACAUGAGAGGCAGAAAGAUGAAGAGAGGCCAAAGGAGAAAGCCAAAGGGAAGGCUAGGAAUAUAGACUUUUUUAUGGAGGAAUUAAAACACGAACAGGAAAUGAGAGAAAAACGAAUGCAGGAACGUGAACAAUGGCAAGACGGGCGUAGUGCUACUGCAAAUCUAUCUAGUCGGUUUGAUGAGUUGCCAGAUGAAUUUGAUCCAACUGGGAAACUUGGUUUCUUUGAUGAUGGAGAUCCUCAGACAACCAAUCUUUAUGUUGGGAAUCUUGCGCCUCAGGUAGAUGAAAAUUUUCUCCUGCGAACGUUUGGAAGAUUUGGACCCAUUGCUAGUGUGAAGAUAAUGUGGCCAAGGACAGAAGAGGAGCGCAAGCGCCAAAAGAACUGCGGUUUUGUGGCUUUUAUGAACCGUGCUGAUGGACAAGCUGCAAAAGAUGAAAUGCAAGGGGUUGUUGUUUAUGAUUACGAAUUGAAUAUUGGGUGGGGUAAAUCCGUUUCCCUUCCUUCUCAAUCGCUCCCCGCUCCGCCUCCAGGACAAAUGGCUAUCAGGAGUAAGGAGGGUGCCACUGUGAUCCUAUCUGGUCCAUCAGGUCCUCCAGUUACUUCUGUUCCAAGCCAGAACUCUGAGCUGGUUCUUACUCCCAAUGUGCCGGAUAUAACUGUUGUUCUGCUUGAUGAUGUCCGUCUUCGCAAAGUGAUUGAUACAAUGGCUCUUUAUGUUCUUGAUGGUGGCUGUGCUUUUGAGCAAGCUAUAAUGGAAAGGGUUCGUGGAAACCCUCUUUUUAGUUUCUUGUUUGAACUCGGAUCUAAGGAGCAUACCUACUAUGUUUGGAGGCUGUAUUCUUUUGCUCAGGGUGAUACUUUGCAGAGGUGGCGAACUGAACCUUUUAUCAUGAUAACCGGUAGUGGACGAUGGGUCCCACCUGCUUUGCCAAUGGCUAAGAGCCCAGAGAAUGAGGAGACUGGGGCCACCUUUGCUGCUGGAAGAAGCAGGCGUGUGGAGGCUGAGCGCACGCUAACUGAUGCACAAAGAGAUGAGUUUGAAGACAUGCUUCGUGCCUUGACAUUAGAAAGAAUCCAAAUCAAGGAAGCAAUGGGUUUCGCAUUAGAUAAUGCUGAUGCUGCUGGAGAGAUAGUUGAAGUUUUGACCGAGUCUUUGACUCUUAAAGAAACACCAAUACCUACUAAAGUUGCAAGGCUCAUGCUUGUCUCGGACAUUCUUCACAAUAGUAGUGCUCCUGUAAAGAAUGCGUCUGCUUACCGCACCAAAUUCGAAGCAAAUCUGCCUGAUAUACUUGAAAGCUUUAAUGAUUUAUAUCGGAGUAUCACAGGCAGAAUCACCGCUGAGGCCCUAAAGGAACGGGUUCUGAAAGUUCUUCAAGUAUGGGCUGACUGGUUCUUAUUUUCGGAUGCAUACGUAAACGGGUUACGCUCAACAUUUCUCAGGUCCGGUAACUCUGGAGUUGUAUCCUUCCACUCCAUUUCAUCAGAAACCGAAGACAAGUCUAACUAUGACAACACUGAAGAUGUCGGAAAGACCAAUCCCGAUGCAGCAUUGGCAAUCGGCAAGAGCGCAGCCACGAAAGAGUUGAUGGGUCUCCCUCUCGCUGAGCUGGAAAGGCGGUGCCGCCAUAAUGGAUUAUCUUUAGUUGGCGGCAGAGAAACGAUGGUCGCACGGUUGCUCCAUCUCGAAGAGUCGGAAAAACAGAGGGGUUAUGAGCUCAAUGACAGUUUGAAAUACAAUAAUCCGAGAGAGAGUAAUGUCGAUACCGGGCCUGUGGGAUUUUCGGGAAGGCAUCACCACGUGGAGAGAGUAGAGUCUGCAUCUUUACCGUCAAAGAUUCCGAUCCCGCAACCUGAGUUAAAAGUUAUUUCUAAUAAAGUCAAAUCGGAUUCGGUAUUGCCUGCCUCUAAGUGGGCCCGAGAAGAUGAUGAAAGUGAUGAUGAACAAAAAAGUACUAAAGAUCUUGCGUUGGGUUAUUCGUCUUCUGGAAGCGAGAAUGCUGGUGGUGGUGAAGGUAACGCUGAGGUGACAGAUCAUUCGAGCAUUCUCACAAGUUCUGAUAGCGGGCUCAAUGAAGAGAAGAGACACAAGUUGAGGCAGAUUGAGGUGGCUUUGAUAGAAUAUCGUGAAUCCCUUGAAGAGCGAGGAAUAAAGAAAGAAGAAAUUGAAAAGAAAGUGGUGGCACAUCAGAAGCAGUUGCAGUAUAAAUAUGGCUUAAUGGAUGGUGGUGAAGACGCAUCACACAAAAGGACAUCGUCCACAGAGAGAAGGGAGAAAAGAGAGGAUUCACGUGAAUCUUCUAGAAAGCGCCCAAGAAGUCAUCGUGACAGUGAAAGCCCACAGAGGAAAUCAUCAAGUAGAGAGCGGGAGAAGGGUAGAGCUUAUGAGCCACAAACUGAAAGAGACCAUGAUAGAGAUAAACGUAGAGACAGAGACCGGGACAGUAGGAGAAGAUAAAAUUGUAGGUUGUUCAUGCUUUAGCUUGUGCAAUCUGGCUUUUUUGUUUCAAAAUCUGACACGAUUGCCUGUAGUGUUGGACGUUAUGUGGGGGAAAGUAUGGGGUGUAUGUAAUCUUGAUCAUAUGGUAGGUCAACAGGUCAUAUUUGCUGUAAACGACAUGAUAACCUUUUUGCAUACUGUUGUGAAUCUGAUUGGUUUGUUGUGCGAAGGAGACGAUUGUUUUGAAUCGUGUAGACAAGCAUAGGAGGUUUCUUUCUCA